GCGUGCGCGAGAUGCGGCUAGCGUCUGCAGAGACUUUUCCCAAUGGACGGCGAGGAUAAAUCAUCCCACGUCGACGGCUGAGUAAGAGAGCGUGACUGUGAGGUGGUGCGGCCCGGACUGGUUUGCACUGUUGCCUCGGAAUCACCUAGUUAGCGGCGUGCUAACUUGGCUAACCGGAGUUAGCCCUAAAGGCGGACUUCGCUAAGGAUCACCGGACCUGUACAGCACGAGAGGCUACUAACUGCAGAGGCUGACCGAUCAGGUUUGCUGCUCGGAAGGAGUAAGUGUGCAGCUGCAGGGACUAAGGGACGGACCUCUCGGCUUGCUGUGAGUUGUGGAAAGAGACUAAGAGUUCCAGAUGAGGUGGUGUGUUGCUGUUCUCCUGGCAGUGCUGCAGCUGUGCAGCCCGGCGCUGCAGUCUGACCCGCUGCUCUACGUUUUCCAGCUGCAGGAUGGAAAUGAAAAAUCCAGCAAGCCACGGCUUAACCCAACCUUAGGAAAUGUUGUCCCUUCCCGGAGAGCUCUCAGCCCUCCUAAAGUUGUAGAAACCUCAGAAACGGAGACGACUUCACACUCGAGCCCCAUGUUUGGUGAACAUGUCAACCUUAGGUGGGUCACAUGGAGCGGUUCCCUCCCAAAUGGUGCUGUUGCCAUCUUCAACGGCUACACCGAACGUACCGACUAUGUGUGCAAAGUCAACUGUGAGGCCGGUUUCUACACUCCCAGCAAAGGGAACUUCUGCCAGUACCCCUACGCUGACAAAGAGUAUGCAUCCUCCAAGUUCGAAGUCCUGGUUAACGUGGACCACUUUGAGUUCCUGCAGUGGGUUGAAGAUUCGUAUGGCUCUGUUCCUGAGUAUGCCAUCAAAACCUGUCCCAACUCAGACAUCUACGUGGGUAAGAAUAAGUAUGGUCUUGGUAAAGUAGUGACCAGACACAAAGCCUUCUUCCUCCCCUGGGAGGGGGAUGAGUACUGGUACAAAAACUACCAGGUCCUUGCUAUCAACAGAGACAGCUACAGCCAGCACAUCUCUCAUGUGGAGUAUGCCAUUGACCAGAUGGAGCUGUUCCACCAUCCUCCAGAAGCCCUGAAGCUCACUAAGGUCACCAACCUGGAGUGCAGAAAUGUGGAGAAGACAGUGACACUGGAGAAGACCAGUACAGUGGAGAAGAAAUGGGACAUCGGCAGGGAGACCCGCAAUGGCUCUGUGUCCACCAUGACAGCCAAAGUUCCCAUCUUUGGUCCGGGAAAUAUGGAGUUGUCCAAGGAGCAGACGGUGACCUUCUCAAAGGGGACCACCAUGGUGGAGUCAGUAAGUCACGCUGUCUCUGUGGAGCUGCUGGUCCCACCCAAUCACUCCUGCACAGUGAGGAUGGAUGGCAGAAAGAUGAAGGCUGAUAUCCCUUUCACCGGCCGGCUGAGCAGGACCAACCACAACGGAGACACCCACUGGACCUACAUCACAGGCACCUAUGAUGGUGUGAGUGUUGGUGAAAUCAACGCUGUGGUGGAACGGUGUCAGCCGGUGCCUGAUGCUGUGCCCUGCUCCCUAGAUCAAAACUGA